ACGAGUCCUCGGGAGCCGCUGCACCCGCUCGCUCUCUCCCACUGCUGCUCAGGAGGGAAGGCUGGAGAGGCUUUGCUCCAAAGGAUAUUUGCUGGAUGUUGCUGUGAGUGGGGGAAAGACAGAAGAAAACCUUCAGAAUGGAGGAAGAAGAAUACGAGGAAGUUGUGGAGUACUACAUUGAGGAGACAGUUGUUGAGGAGGGUGAGCCACAUGAGGUGGUCACUGAGAUCACUGAGACUGUCAGCACAGAGUUCACAGGUCCUGAAACUACCACAACCACCUACACUGUCGAGGAGGACAAACCUUCUGGGGAGGAUGCAGCACCUCCAGCCAGGAAAAAGACAAUCCGGACAAAAGUGGACCCAUCCAAGUUUUUGACGCCUUACCUGGAACACAGCAACAAAAUGAAGGACCUAUUCAGUGAGAACAAGUACAAAGAAAAAUUCAGAAAAGAGAAAGGAAAGCCUUAUGCUUCCACAGUUGAUACCCCAGAAAUUCGGAGGAUCAAGAAAGUGCAGGACCAGCUCAGUGAGGUUAAAUACCGCAUGGCUGGGGAGAUUGCCAGGACUAUUUGCCACGUGGAUGAAAAGGCCAUGGAUAUAGAACAUGCCAAGAAAGUGUCCCAGCAAGUGAGCAAGGUAUUAUAUAAACAGAACUGGGAGGAGAAUAAGGACAAGUACCUGCUGCCCCCUGAUGCUCCAGAGCUUGUGAAUGCAAUAAAAAACACAGCAAUGUUCAGCAAGAAACUCUACACUGAGGAGUGGGAAGGAGACAAAACUCUGUUUUAUCCCUACAACGACAGCCCAGAGCUCAGGAGGGUGGCCCAGGCACAGAAGGCUCUGAGUGAUAUUGUCUACAAAAAAGGGCACGACGAGCAGAAAGCCAAAUUUACCUCCCUGCCAGAUCCCCCUGAUGUGGAACUGGCCAAGAAGGUGACGAGGCAGCUGAGCAAUAUUAAUUACCAUGAGGACUAUAAAAACAAAGUCAAAGGCAAGUGGAGUCAAACUCCGUGCUAUGACGUGGCCAUUGCAAAAAUGAAUGCAGAAAACCUAAGUAUGAGAAAGUACCAGGAAGACUUUGAAAACAUGAAAGACCAAAUCUACUUCAUGCAGACUGAAACCCCCGAGUAUGAAGCCAAUAAGAGAGCUUCAGAGAACGUCAGUAAGGUAAAAUACAGAGCAGACUAUGAGAAGAAGAAAGCUAUUGCAGAUUAUAACGUGCUUCCUGCUACAGAGAACCCAUUGCUGAAGCAAUUAAAAGCUGCAGGCAAUAUUCUCAGUGAUAAAUUAUACAAAGAAGCCUAUGAACAGUCAAAAGGCAACAAGAUGAAUUACUGUGACACCCCCAAGUUCCAGACCGAUGCCGCUCUGAAGAAUUUCAGCGACGUGAAAUACAAGGAGGCCUAUCAAAAGAAUAUUUUGGGGCACUAUUUGGGCAGCUUUGAGGACCCACAUCACACGCACUGCAUGCAAGUCGAAGCUAUGAAGAGCGAUAAAAACUACAAAGCAGAUUAUGAGGAGGAAAAGACAAAAUGCUACUUCCCCCAGACCAUAACUCAAGAGUAUGAAGCGAUUAAGAAGUUGGAGCAAUGCAAAGACCACACCUACAAAAAGCAUCCUGAUCAAAUCAAAUUCACUGCAGUCACUGACUCUCCAGUACAGAAGCAAGCAGAGAUCAACAGCAAACAGCUGAGUGAUAUACUGUAUAAAUCCAAAGGUGAAGAAAUAAUCCACAAGUACCACCUCCCUCCUGAUGUGCCCCAUUUCAUCCAGGCCAGAGUUAAUGCCUACAACAUCAGUGAUGCUAACUACAAAGCAGACUGGAAGAAAACCCUUGCCAAAGGAUAUGACCUGAAACCUGAUGCCAUUCCCAUUAUUGCAGCUAAAGCCUCUCGGAAUAUUGCAAGUGAUUACAAGUACAAGGAGUCCUACGAGAAGGACAAAGGCAAACAGGUCGGGUACCGCAGCCUCCAGGACGAUCCCAAACUUGUUCAUUACAUGAACGUGGCCAAAAUCCAGUCGGACCGUGAGUACAAGAAGGACUAUGAGGUCACCAAGACCAAAUAUCACACUCCCCUGGACAUGUUCAGUGUGACAGCAGCCAAGAAGGCCCAGGAAGUGGUUACAAACAUGGGCUAUAAGCAGCCAAUCCACAAUUACACCCUCCUGCCCGAUGCUGUCAACCUGGAGCUCUCAAGGAACGCGAUGCAGCUUCAGAGUGAUAAUUUGUACAAAUCUGACUUCAAUAACUGGUUGAGAGGAGUUGGCUGGGUACCAAUCCAGUCCCUGGAGGUAGAAAAGGCCAAAAAAGCCUCAGAGAUCCUCAGUGAGAAGAAGUACAGGCAACACCCUGACCAGCUGAAGUUCUCCAUCCCCACGGAUGCCAUGGAGCAAGUGCUUGCCAAGCAAAAUGCCAAGACCAUGAACAAGAGGCUCUACACAGAUAAAUGGAACAAAGAGAAGACCACCAUCCAUGUUAUGCCAGAUACCCCAGAAAUCCUGCAGUGUAAAGUGAACCAGCUCACAAUGAGUGAUAAACUCUACAGAGCUGGGUGGGAGGAGGACAAGAAGAAGGGCUAUGACCUGCAGCCUGAUGCCAUCCCGAUCAAAGCGGCCAAAGCCUCCCGGGACAUCGCCAGCGAUUACAAGUACAAACUGGCCUACGAGAAAGCCAAGGGGAAGCACAUCGGGUUCCGCAGCCUCGAGGACGACCCCAAGCUGGUGCACUUCAUGCAGGUGGCCAAGAUGCAGUCGGAUCGGGAAUACAAGAAGGAUUAUGAGAAGGCCAAGACCAGUUUCCAAACCCCAGUGGACAUGGUCAGUGUGGUGGCAGCCAAGAAAGCCCAGGAAGUGGCUACAAAUGCCAACUACAAAAACCUGAUCCACACCUACAACGUCCUGCCCGAUGCCAUGAGCAUCGAGUUGGCCAAAAACAUGAUGCAGCUGCAAAGUGAUAAUCAAUACAAAGCAGAUUACGAUGAAACCAUGAAGGGGGUUGGGUGGCUCCCACUGGGCUCCCUGGAAGCUGAGAAGAACAAAAAAGCCAUGGAGAUUGUCAGUGAGAAGAAAUAUCGGCAGCACCCGGACAAGCUGAAAUAUUCUGUUCCCAUGGACUCCAUGAACAUGGUCUUGGCUUUAAAUAAUGCCAAAAUCAUGGAUGAGCACAAGUACAGACAAGCCUGGGAAGAAGACAAAAAGAAAAUUCACAUCACCCCAGAUAUUCCUCAGAUUGUUCUGGCAAAAGCAAAUGCAUUUAACAUAAGUGAAAAAAUGUACAGAUCUUCAUUUGAAGAAUCCAGGAAGAAAGGAUACGACCUCAGAGUUGAUGCCAUCCCUAUCAAAGCUGCCAAAGCUUCCAGGGAAAUUGCCAGUGAUUACAAAUACAAAUUAGGUUAUGAAAAAGACAAGGGCAAGCUCGUGGGCUUCCGCAGCCUCCAGGAUGAUCCGCUGCUUGUCCAUUACAUGCAAGUGGCCAAGAUGCAGUCGGACAGGGAGUACAAGAAGGCCUAUGAGAUGGGCAAGACCCACUACCAGACUCCCAGCGAUGCCCUCAGCGUGGUGGCAGCCAAGGAGGCCCAAGGCCGUGUGACCAACACCAACUACAAGCGCCUGAUCCACCAGUACAUGCUCCUGCCAGAUGCCAUGAGCCUGGAACUCUACAGAAACAUGAACCAGAUACAGAGUGAUAAUGAGUACAAGCAGGAUUACAAGGAGUGGUUCAGGGGCAUUGGGUGGAGUCCUAUUGGUUCCCUGGAUGUGGAGAAAUCCAAGAAAGCCACGGAGAUUGCGAGCGAUCAGAAGUACCGCCAGCACCCCAGCCAGUUCUCCUUCACCAAACCCAGUGAUGCCAUGGACUUGGCCCUUGCAAAGCAGAAUGCAAAUAUCAUGAACAAACAUGCUUAUACUCAAGCCUGGGAGAAGGAUAAAACUCAGGUCCAUGUGAUGCCAGAUACACCAGAUAUUCUCCAGGCAAAACAGAACAAGACAAAUUACAGUCAGAAACUCUACAAGCUGGGCUGGCAGGAAAUGUUAAAGAAAGGCUAUGACCUCACACCUGAAGCCAUGUCAGUGAAAGCUGCCAAAGCUUCAAGGGACAUUGCAAGUGAUUUCAAGUACAAGGAAGGUUACCGCAAGCAGCAGGGACACCACAUCGGGUUCCGCAGCCUGCAGGAUGAUCCCAAGAUGUUGUGGUCUAUGCAAGUAGCUAAAAUGCAGAGUGACAGGGAGUACAAGAAAGAUUUUGAGAAGUGGAAGACCAAGUUUAACAUGCCUGUGGAUAUGUUAGGCUUCCUUCUGGCUAAGAAGUGUCAGGAGCUGGUCAGUGAUAUCGACUACAAACGGAUCCUGCACCGCUGGACUUGUCUGCCAGACCAGGUUGAUGUCACCGAGGCCAAGAGGGUCAAUGAACUGCAGAGUGAUAAUUUGUAUAAGUCAGAUCUACAAUGGCUCAGGGGCAUUGGAUGGAGUCCUCUGGGAUCUCUGGAAGCUGAGAAGAACAAGAAAGCUUCUGAAAUCCUGAGUGAGAAGAAGUACAGGCAGCACCCAGACACCAUCAAGUUCACAAGUAUCCCAGAUGCCAUGGAUGUCGUUUUGGCCAAGUCUAAUGCCAAAAAUAGAAGUGAUAUCCUCUACAAAGAAGCUUGGAACAAGGACAAGACUCAGAUUCACAUCAUGCCUGAUACUCCUGAAAUUUUGCUGGCUAAGUCAAACUUGAUUAACACAAGUGAUAAACGUUACAAGGUGGGAUAUGAAGAGCUGAAGAAAAAGGGCUAUGACCUUCCUCCUGAUGCCAUCCCUCUCCAGGCAGCAAAGGCAUCCAGGGACAUUGCCAGUGAGUACAAAUACAAAACUGCCUACAGAAAGCAGCUGGGCCACCACAUCGGGGCCCGCAACAUCGAGGACGACCCCAAGAUGGUGUGGUCGAUGCACGUGGCCAAGAUCCAGAGUGACAGGGAGUACAAGAAGGACUUUGAGAAGUCCAAGACAAACUUCAGCAGCCCUGUGGACAUGCUGGGGAUCGUGUUGGCCAAGAAGUGCCAGGAGCUGGUGAGCGACGCCGAUUACCGGCACCCCCUGCACCGCUGGACCUGCCUGCCCGACCAGAACGACGUCGUCCAUGCCAAGACAGUGUACGACCUGCAGAGUGAUAAUGUCUACAAGUCCGACCUGCAGUGGCUGAAGGGCAUUGGCUGGUCCCCAAUUGGAUCUCUGGACGUGGAGAAGAACAAGAGGGCGAGCGAGAUCCUGAGUGACAAGAAGUAUCGUCAGCACCCGGGCACCAUCAAAUUCACGAGCCUUCCUGACUCCAUGCCCAUGGUUCUGGCCAAGCACAACUCUCAAAUCAUGGAUCAACGCUCGUACACGUCAGCCUGGGAGAAGGACAAGACGAAGAUUCACAUCAUGCCGGACACGCCUGGGAUCCUGCUGGCCCAGCAGAACAAAGUGAACUUCAGCGAGAAACUGUACAAGCUGGCGAUGGAGGAGGAGAAGAAGAAGGGCUACGACCUGCGGGCAGAUGCCAUUCCCAUCAAGUCUGCCAAAGCUUCCCGGGACAUCGCCAGUGAUUACAAGUACAAGGAAGGGUAUCGGAAGCAGCUGGGCCACCACAUCGGGGCCCGCAACAUUGAGGACGACCCCAAGAUGGUGUGGUCAAUGCACGUGGCCAAGAUCCAGAGUGACAGGGAGUACAAGAAAGCCUUUGAGAAGUCCAAGACAAACUUCAGCAGCCCCGUGGACAUGCUGGGGAUCGUGUUGGCCAAGAAGUGCCAGGAGCUGGUGAGCGACGCCGAUUACCGGCACCCCCUGCACCGCUGGACCUGCCUGCCCGACCAGAACGACGUCGUCCAUGCCAAGACAGUGUAUGACCUGCAGAGUGAUAACGUGUACAAGUCCGACCUGCAGUGGCUGAAGGGCAUUGGCUGGUCCCCAAUUGGAUCUCUGGAUGCAGAGAAGAACAAGAGGGCGAGCGAGAUCCUGAGUGACAAGAAGUAUCGUCAGCACCCGGGCACCAUCAAAUUCACGAGCCUUCCUGACUCCAUGCCCAUGGUUCUGGCCAAGCACAACUCUCAAAUCAUGGACCAACGCUCGUACACGUCAGCCUGGGAGAAGGACAAGACGAAGAUUCACAUCAUGCCGGACACGCCUGGGAUCCUGCUGGCCCAGCAGAACAAAGUGAACUUCAGUGAGAAACUGUACAAGCUGGCGAUGGAGGAGGAGAAGAAGAAGGGCUACGACCUGCGGGCAGAUGCCAUUCCCAUCAAGUCUGCCAAAGCUUCCCGGGACAUCGCCAGUGAUUACAAGUACAAGGAAGGGUAUCGGAAGCAGCUGGGCCACCACAUCGGGGCCCGCAACAUCGAGGACGACCCCAAGAUGGUGUGGUCGAUGCACGUGGCCAAGAUCCAGAGUGACAGGGAGUACAAGAAAGCCUUUGAGAAGUCCAAGACAAACUUCAGCAGCCCCGUGGACAUGCUGGGGAUCGUGUUGGCCAAGAAGUGCCAGGAGCUGGUGAGCGACGCCGAUUACCGGCACCCCCUGCACCGCUGGACCUGCCUGCCCGACCAGAACGACGUCGUCCAUGCCAAGACAGUGUAUGACCUGCAGAGUGAUAACGUGUACAAGUCCGACCUGCAGUGGCUGAAGGGCAUUGGCUGGUCCCCAAUUGGAUCUCUGGAUGCAGAGAAGAACAAGAGGGCGAGCGAGAUCCUGAGUGACAAGAAGUAUCGUCAGCACCCGGGCACCAUCAAAUUCACGAGCCUUCCUGACUCCAUGCCCAUGGUUCUGGCCAAGCACAACUCUCAAAUCAUGGACCAACGCUCGUACACGUCAGCCUGGGAGAAGGACAAGACGAAGAUUCACAUCAUGCCGGACACGCCUGGGAUCCUGCUGGCCCAGCAGAACAAAGUGAACUUCAGCGAGAAACUGUACAAGCUGGCGAUGGAGGAGGAGAAGAAGAAGGGCUACGACCUGCGGGCAGAUGCCAUUCCCAUCAAGUCUGCCAAAGCUUCCCGGGACAUUGCCAGUGAUUACAAGUACAAGGAAGGGUAUCGGAAGCAGCUGGGCCACCACAUCGGGGCCCGCAACAUCGAGGACGACCCCAAGAUGGUGUGGUCGAUGCACGUGGCCAAGAUCCAGAGUGACAGGGAGUACAAGAAAGCCUUUGAGAAGUCCAAGACAAACUUCAGCAGCCCCGUGGACAUGCUGGGGAUCGUGUUGGCCAAGAAGUGCCAGGAGCUGGUGAGCGACGCCGAUUACCGGCACCCCCUGCACCGCUGGACCUGCCUGCCCGACCAGAACGACGUCGUCCAUGCCAAGACAGUGUAUGACCUGCAGAGUGAUAACGUGUACAAGUCCGACCUGCAGUGGCUGAAGGGCAUUGGCUGGUCCCCAAUUGGAUCUCUGGAUGCAGAGAAGAACAAGAGGGCGAGCGAGAUCCUGAGUGACAAGAAGUAUCGUCAGCACCCGGGCACCAUCAAAUUCACGAGCCUUCCUGACUCCAUGCCCAUGGUUCUGGCCAAGCACAACUCUCAAAUCAUGGACCAGCGCUCGUACACGUCAGCCUGGGAGAAGGACAAGACGAAGAUUCACAUCAUGCCGGACACGCCUGGGAUCCUGCUGGCCCAGCAGAACAAAGUGAACUUCAGCGAGAAACUGUACAAGCUGGCGAUGGAGGAGGAGAAGAAGAAGGGCUACGACCUGCGGGCAGAUGCCAUUCCCAUCAAGUCUGCCAAAGCUUCCCGGGACAUUGCCAGUGAUUACAAGUACAAGGAAGGGUAUCGGAAGCAGCUGGGCCACCACAUCGGGGCCCGCAACAUCGAGGACGACCCCAAGAUGGUGUGGUCGAUGCACGUGGCCAAGAUCCAGAGUGACAGGGAGUACAAGAAGGACUUUGAGAAGACCAAGACACACUUCAGCAGCCCUGUGGACAUGCUGGGGAUCGUGUUGGCCAAGAAGUGCCAGGGGUUGGUCAGUGAUGCUGAUUACCGGCACUACCUGCACCAGUGGAUCUGCCUGCCCGACCAGAACGACGUGAUCCAUGCCAGGGAAGCCUAUGACCUGCAGAGUGAUAACGUGUACAAGUCUGACCUGCAAUGGCUGCGGGGCAUUGGUUGGGUGCCCAUUGGUUCCUUGGAAGUGGAGAAGGCCAAGAAGGCUGGGGAGAUCCUGAGUGACAAAAUCUACCGUCAGCACCCGGACACCAUCAAGUUCACCAGCAUCCCAGACUCCCUGCCGAUGGUGUUGGCCAAGCAGAACGCGGACACCAUGAACAAGCGUUUGUACACUGAGGCCUGGGAUAAAGACAAGACACAAAUCCACAUAAUGCCUGACACUCCUGAAAUCACACUGGCAAGAGAGAACAAGAAAAACUACAGCCAGAAACAAUACAGGCAGGCCAUGGAAGAUUCAAAGAAGAAAGGCUACGAUUUGAGAAUUGAUGCCAUCCCCAUUCAAGCGGCCAAGGCAUCCAGGCAAAUUGCCAGUGAUUACAAGUACAAGGAAGGGUAUCGGAAGCAGCUGGGCCACCACAUCGGGGCCCGCAACAUCGAGGACGACCCCAAGAUGAUGUGGUCGAUGCACGUGGCCAAGAUCCAGAGUGACAGGGAGUACAAGAAGGACUUUGAGAAGUCCAAGACAAACUUCAGCAGCCCCGUGGACAUGCUGGGGAUCGUGUUGGCCAAGAAGUGCCAGGGGCUGGUCAGUGAUGCCGAUUACCGGCACUACCUGCACCAGUGGAUCUGCCUGCCCGACCAGAACGACGUGAUCCACGCCAGGGAAGCCUAUGACCUGCAGAGUGAUGCUGUUUACAAAUCAGACCUGCAGUGGCUGCGGGGCAUUGGUUGGGUGCCCAUUGGUUCCCUGGAAGUGGAGAAGGCCAAGAGGGCGGGGGAGAUCCUGAGUGACAAAAUCUACCGUCAGCACCCGGACACCAUCAAGUUCACCAGCGUCCCAGACUCCCUGCCGAUGGUGUUGGCCAAGCAGAACGCGGACACCAUGAACAAGCGUUUAUACACUGAAGCCUGGGAUAAAGACAAGACCUCGAUUCAUGUCAUGCCUGACACCCCAGAAAUCCUGCUGGCCAAACAAAACCGAGUGAACUACAGUGAGAAAAUGUACAAACUGGCCUUGGAGGAAUCGAAGAAGAAGGGCUAUGAUCUGCGUUUUGAUGCCAUUCCCAUUCAAUCUGCCAAAGCCUCCAGAGAGAUUGCCAGUGAUUACAAGUACAAGGAAGGGUAUCGGAAGCAGCUGGGCCACCACAUCGGGGCCCGCAACAUCGAGGACGACCCCAAGAUGAUGUGGUCGAUGCACGUGGCCAAGAUCCAGAGUGACAGGGAGUACAAGAAGGACUUUGAGAAGACCAAGACAAACUUCAGCAGCCCUGUGGACAUGCUGGGGAUCGUGUUGGCCAAGAAGUGCCAGGGGUUGGUCAGUGAUGCCGAUUACCGGCACUACCUGCACCAGUGGAUCUGCCUGCCCGACCAGAACGACGUGAUCCACGCCAGGGAAGCCUAUGACCUGCAGAGUGAUGCUGUUUACAAAUCAGACCUGCAGUGGCUGCGUGGCAUUGGUUGGGUGCCCAUUGGUUCCUUGGAAGUGGAGAAGGCCAAGAGGGCGGGGGAGAUCCUGAGUGACAAAAUCUACCGUCAGCACCCGGACACCAUCAAGUUCACCAGCAUCCCAGACUCCCUGCCGAUGGUGUUGGCCAAGCAGAACGCGGACACCAUGAACAAGCGUUUAUACACUGAAGCCUGGGAUAAAGACAAGACCUCGAUUCAUGUCAUGCCUGACACCCCAGAAAUCCUGCUGGCCAAACAAAACCGAGUGAACUACAGUGAGAAAAUGUAUAAAUUGGCCUUGGAGGAAUCGAAGAAGAAGGGCUAUGAUCUGCGUUUUGAUGCCAUUCCCAUUCAAUCUGCCAAAGCAUCCAGAGAGAUUGCCAGUGAUUACAAGUACAAGGAAGGGUAUCGGAAGCAGCUGGGCCACCACAUCGGGGCCCGCAACAUCGAGGACGACCCCAAGAUGGUGUGGUCGAUGCACGUGGCCAAGAUCCAGAGUGACAGGGAGUACAAGAAGGACUUUGAGAAGACCAAGACACACUUCAGCAGCCCUGUGGACAUGCUGGGAGUGGUGUUGGCCAAGAAAUGCCAAGUGUUGGUGAGCGACAUCGACUACCGGCACUACCUGCACCAGUGGAUCUGCCUGCCCGACCAGAACGACGUGAUCCACGCCAGGGAAGCCUAUGACCUGCAGAGUGAUGCUGUUUACAAAUCAGACCUGCAAUGGCUACGAGGUAUUGGAUGGGUUCCUAUUGGUUCCUUGGAAGUGGAGAAAGCCAAGAGAGCUGGAGAAAUCCUGAGUGACAGGAAGUACCGUCAACCUGCAGACAAAAUCAAAUUUACCAGUGUGACAGACUCCUUGCCCAUGGUCUUAGCCAAGCAAAAUGCUGAGAUAAUGAACAAGCGUUUGUACACAGAAGCCUGGGAUGCAGACAAAAAAACCAUCCAUGUCAUGCCUGACACACCAGAUAUUCUGUUAGCCAGGGCCAACGCAGCCAACGUCAGCAAGAAACUUUAUGUACAAGCCUGGGAAGAGGCCAAGAAGAAGGGCUAUGACAUGAGAGCAGAUGCAAUUCCAAUCCAAAGUGCCAAGGCAUCGAGAGAUAUCGCGAGUGAUUACAAAUACAAACAAGCCCAUGAGAAGCAGAAGGGGCACUACAUCGGGCUCCCCAGUGCCAAGGACGACCCCAAGCUGGCGCUGGCCGCGCGGGCCAUGGCGCUGCAGAACGACCGCCUCUACAAGAAGGGCUACAACGAUUCCAAGACCCAGAUCCACAUUCCCGUGGAUGCCCUGUCAGUGCAGGCAGCCAAGGAGUGCCAGACCCUGGUCAGUGACAUUGACUACAAGCAGUACCUGCACCAGUGGACGUGUCUUCCUGACCAGAACGACGUGAUCCACGCGCGGCAGGCCUACGACCUGCAGAGCGACCACGUGUACAAGUCUGACCUGGAAUGGUUGAGAGGCAUUGGCUGGCUCACAGAAGGGUCUGUGGAUGUGGUGAAAGCCAAGAAGGCCCAGGAGCUCCUCAAUGACCGGUUGUACCGCACGCGGCCCGAGCAGCUCAAGUUCACCAGCAUCACUGACUCCCCUGACAUUGUCCUGGCCAAGACCAACGCCAUGCAGCUCAGUGAUCGUCUGUAUCGUGAGGCCUGGGAUAAAGACAAGACACAGAUCUCUCUACCUUCUGACACUCCUGUAAUGCUGCAGUCCAAAGUCAACGCUCUCAACAUCAGCAAUAAACAUUAUCAGAAGGCCUGGGAUGAGGCCAAGGCAAAGAGCUAUGACCUAAGAGCUGAUGCCAUUCCCAUCAAACAAGCCAAGGCCUCCAGGGACAUUUGCAGUGAGUACAAGUACAAAGAGACCCACGAGAAGCAGAAGGGGCACUACAUCGGGCUCCCCAGUGCCAAGGACGACCCCAAGCUGGCGCUGGCCGCGCGGGCCAUGGCGCUGCAGAACGACCGCCUCUACAAGAAGGGCUACAACGAUUCCAAGACCCAGAUCCACAUUCCCGUGGAUGCCCUGUCAGUGCAGGCAGCCAAGGAGUGCCAGACCCUGGUCAGUGACAUUGACUACAAGCAGUACCUGCACCAGUGGACGUGUCUUCCUGACCAGAACGACGUGAUCCACGCGCGGCAGGCCUACGACCUGCAGAGCGACGCUGUGUAUAAGGCAGACCUGGAGUGGCUCCGUGGCAUUGGCUGGUUGCCCAACGAGUCUCCAGAGAUUAAGAGAGUGAAGAAUGCCCAGGAUCUCCUGAGUGACAACGUGUACCGGACACCCAUCGACAGCGUCAAGUUCACCAGUGUGGUGGAUUCCCCAGACAUUGUCCUUGCUAAAACAAACGCUGAACAGCUCAGCAUCCCAAAAUACAAAGAAGCCUGGGAAAAGGACAAGACCAUGAUCCAUAUUAUGCCAGACACACCUGAAAUCAACCUAGCCAAGGCUAAUGCUGUUAAUUAUAGCCAGAAAAUGUAUAAAGGAGCUUGGGAUGAGUUGAAGUCGAGCUACGAUUUGAGAGCGGACGCAAUCCCCAUCAAGACAGCCAAGGCUUCCAGAGAGAUUGCCAGUGAUUACAAAUACAAACUGGAGCACGAGAAGCAGAAGGGACAUUACGUCGGAGUUCCGAACGCCAAAGGAGACUCGAAAAUCCAGUUUGCCCUUGAUGUAGCCAAAGUUCAGAGCGAACGAGAGUACAAGAAGUACUUUGCCAAGUUGAGGACCCAGUGCCACCUCCCAGUGGACAUGAUGUCCAUCGUGGCAGCCAAGCACGGGCAGACUCUGGUCAGCGACGCCGAUUACCGGACGUACCUGCACCAGUGGAUCUGCCUCCCAGACCAGAACGAUGUCAUCCAUGCCAGGCAGGCCUACGACCUCCAGAGUGAUGCUGUUUAUAAAGCUGAUUUGGAAUGGCUGCGGGGCAUUGGAUGGCUGCCAAAUGAUUCCCUUGAAGUCAAGCACGUCAAAUAUGCUGGAGAUCUCUUGAGUGAGAAAAAGUACCGCACAAAGGCUGAAACUCUUCCCUUCACUGCGGUGGCCGACAGGGUUGAUUAUGUCACAGCGAAGAACAGUGGGGAGAUUCUCAGUGAUAUUAAAUACCACAAAGCCUGGAAUGAGGCCAAGUCCAAUUAUACCCUGACAGAUACACCACAGCUGGAUAUGGCCCGGGAGGCAGCCAGGAUUCUAAAUCAGAGUUUAUAUAAGGAAAGUUGGGAGAAAGAAAAAGCCACUGGGUACCUGUUACCUCCUGACACGAUGCAGAUCUCUCAUGCCAAGCACUCGAGCGAUGUCCAGAGUGAGCUGAAAUACAAAGCUGAGUAUGUGAAGCAGAGAGGUCACUACGUUGGCGUUGCCAAGAUGAGGGAUGACCCCAAGCUGGUGUGGUACGAGCACGCGGGCGAGAUCCAGAACGACCGCCUGUACAAAUCCGACUACAACAAAACCAAGUCCAAAAUCCACAUCCCUGCGGAUGCCAUGGCAGUUGUGGCAGCAAAGGAAGGUCAGAACUUGGUCAGUGAUGUUGACUAUCGCCAACACCUGCACCAGUGGACGUGUCUUCCUGACCAGAACGACGUCAUCCACGCACGGCAGGCCUACGACCUGCAGAGCGAUAACGUUUACAAAUCCGACUUGGAAUGGCUCCGUGGCAUUGGUUGGAUCCCUCUGGAUUCGGUGGAGCACAAGAAAGUUAAGACUGCCCAAGAACUAAUAAAUAAGAGAUCAUACACCAAAGAAGCCCUGGAUAACUUUUCCAAAUACACCAGUGUGGUUGACACUCCCGACAUCGUGUUGGCGAAGAUGAACUCUGUCAACCAGAGUGAUCUAAAAUACAAAGAAACCUUUAACCUUGAGAAAGGCCAAUACAUCGGGUCUAACGAUACUCCUGCGCUGCACCACGCCAAGGACAUGUCCUUACUCCACAGUGAGAAACUUUAUAAAAAGGCUUGGGAGCUCAGCAAGCCCAUUGGAUACACUCUGGAUGAGAAGUACGUGCCUCUCGUUGGAGCCAAACACGCCAACGAUAUCAACAGUGAGCGCAAAUAUAAGGAAAUAUAUGAGAAACUGAAAGGCCACUACCUGGCUGGGAAGGAAAUUGGGGAUUUCCCCGCUGUCGUUCACUCGCUGGAAUUCCAGAAAAUGAGGAGCGCGUUGGCCUACAGAAAGAAUUAUGAAGACACCAAGAAAAAUGUCCAUAUUCCAAGUGACAUGAUGAACCAUGUGCUGGCCAAGAAGUGCCAGCAGAUCCUCAGUGACCUGGAAUACCGGAGUUACUUCCAUCAGUGGAAUUGUUCCCCUGAAGAAAAUGAUGUUAUUCAUGCCAGAAGAGCCCAGGAGAUUCUGAGUGAUGCAGUGUAUAAAGAUGACUUGAACUGGCUGAAGGGAAUUGGAUGUUAUGUCUGGGAUACUCCAGAAAUCAUACAGGCUAAGAAGUCCUAUGACCUCCAGAGUCAAAUAAAAUACACAUCUGCAGGAAAGGAGAACUUCCAGAACUUCAGUGUGGUCACAGACACCCCUGUCUAUGUGACUGCUCUGCAGAGUGCUUUCAACGCCAGCGACGUGAAAUACAAGGAAGAAUUCCAUAAAACUAAGGACAAGUACACGCCUGUGGCUGAAACAGUGGAGUCUGAAAGAGUUCAGAAUUUGAAACAUCUUUAUAGCAAUAAUCUCUACAGGAAAGCCUGGGACAAAGUGAAAGCCACUGGAUAUGCCAUACCCUCGGAUUCCGUAGCCCUGGCACGUGCCAAGGAGCUGAAGCACAAUGCCAGCAUUGUCAAAUACCGUGAGGAAUAUGAGAAGUUCAAAGCACUGUACACGAUCCCCAAGGGGGUGGAGGAUGAUCCCAACACGGAACGGUGCCUCAGAGUCGGGAAGCUCAACAUUGAUAGACUGUACAAAGAGGCCUAUGAGAAGACUAAAGCCAAGGUGCACAUCGUCCCAGACAUGAUGGACAUCAUUGCUGCCAAGGAUGCUCAGAAGAAGAUCAGCGAGGUCGAGUACCGCACCCACCUCCACGACUGGAUGUGCCUCCCAGACCUGCAGGUCAACACCCACGUCCGCAUGGUCACCGACCAAGUCAGCGAUGUGAUCUACAAGGAUGAUCUGAACUGGCUGAAAGGCAUUGGCUGCUUUGUUUGGGACACCCCAGAAAUCCUCCAUGCCAAGCAGGCCUAUGAUCUCCGCAGUGAUAUUAAGUACAAAUCUAAGGCAGAAAAGAUGAAGAAGGACUUCACUGUGGUCACAGACACCCCUGUCUAUGUCCAGAAUGUCCUCAGUGCCUUGAAUUUAAGUGAAGCUGUGUAUCGUGGUGAUUAUGUGAAGAAUAUUAAAGGCAAAAUGAUUUCUACUGAUAAAACCAUCGAUUUGGAGCGGGCAUAUAAUGCAAACAAGAUACAGAGUGAGAAUUUGUAUCGCUGGGCUGGUGUGAAUGCUCUGCCCACUGGAUACAGCCUUCCCACAGAUACUCCCAACUUCCAGCAUGCAAAACAUGUCCAGCACAUUGGCAGUGAUCUGAAAUAUAAAGAAGCCUAUGAACACAUGAAAGCCAAAGGUUAUACUCUGGGGCCUAAAGAUGUUGGCUUUGAAACUGCAAGGAAAGUGAAUCAAGUCAUUAAUGAGAGGCUCUACAGGGCAACGUACCACAAGACCAAGGACAAGAUCCACACCACUCCAGACACCCCCGAAAUCCGGCAAGUCCGAGCCACCCAGGAAGCUGUCAGUGAUCUGAUCUACAAGUCAGAUUUCUUCAAGAUGCAGGGCCACCUGAUCUCCCUGCCUUACACCCCCCACGUGCUGCACUGUCGCUACGUUGGGGACAUCACAAGUGACAAUAAAUACAAGGAGGACCUGAGGUGGUUGAAGGGCCUGGGUUGUUUCCUGUAUGACACUCCUGACAUGGUCCGUGCUCGUGAGCUCAAAAAGCUUUGGUCUAAUUACAUAUACACUGGUGCUGCAAAGAAGAUGUGGUCCAAAUUCAACGUGGUGUUGGAUACUCCUGGAUACAGAGCAGUUCAGGAGCUAAAAACCCAUUUGAGUGAACUGGUUUACAGAGCUGCAGGCAACGAGGUGAAGACAAAAUACACUUCCAUCCUGGACACACCUGACUUGAUAAGAGCCAAGGAAGGACAAAAAAUACAGAGCCAGUACUUGUAUGUGGAACUUGCCACAAAAGAGAGGCCCCAUCAUCAUGCUGAUAAUCAGACUCAAGCCUUUACACAUGCCAGGCAAGUCAAGGACAUGAUCAGUGAGAAAAAGUACAAAACCCAGUAUGAGAAGAUGAAGCACAAAUACACCCCUGUCCCUGACACCCCAGUCCUGAUCAGAGCCAAGAGGGCCUAUCUGAAUGCCAGUGAUCUGCGCUACAAAGAGACCUUUGAGAACACCAAGGGCAAGUACCACACGGUGAAGGACGCCCUGGACAUCGUCUACCACCGCAAGGUCACCGAUGACAUCAGCACUAUCAAAUAUAAGGAGAAUUAUAAGAGCCAGCUGGGAAUCUGGAGAUCAAUCCCAGACCGUCCGGAGCAUUUCCAUCAUCGCCUGGUCACGGAUGCCAUCAGUGAUGUUAAAUACAAGGAAGACUUGGAAUGGCUCAAGGGCACCGGGUGUUAUGUGUGGGAUACUCCAGCUUUUGUCCUGGCAGAACAGAAUAAAGUGCUCUACAGUGGGUGCAAGUACAAGGAGUCGUUUGAGAAGACCAAGUCCCAGUUUAAGUACGUGGCUGACUCUCCAAGUAACGAGCAUUUUAGAUAUGCAACUCAGCUGAUGGAUGGGAAAAGCUAUAAAUCCUUUGCCAAGAUGCUCCUGCAACAUGGAUGUAAUGAAAUUCUGAGGCCAGAUAUGCUGACAGCUCUCUACAACACUUACUUGUGGAGCCAGAUUCAAUACAAAAAGGACUAUGAGAAGAAGAAAGACAAAUACACCACAGUUUUGGAUACCCCGGAGUACCUGAGGACCACCAAAGUCAACAAACAGAUCAGUGAUAUUAUUUACAAGCUGGAGUACAACAAAGCCAAGCCCAAGGGCUACACCACCAUCCAGGACACGCCCAUGUUGCUCCACGUGCGCAAGGUCAAGGACAGGAUCAGUGAUCUGAAAUACAAAGAAAUGUAUGAGAGGAGCAAAUCUCGCUGCAACGUCGUGGCAGAUUCGGUUCAUAUCAAGACUCCAAGACAUGCUUACAAGCUCAACAGCAACCUGGAUUAUAAGAAGAAAUAUGAAGCAGCCAAGGCUCACUGGCACCUGAUUGCUGACAGGCCUGACUUUGUGCAAGCAGCCAAGUCAUCUCUGCAGCAGAGUGAUUAUGAAUACAAACUGGACCGGGAAUUCCUGAAGGGGUGCAAAAUCUCUGUCACUGAUGAUAAAAACACAGUGUUGGCCUUAAAUAAUGCCAUUUUAGCCAGUGAUAUAAAAUACAAAGAGAAGCACAACAAAGCCCGGGGAACGUACCAUGUGGUCCCAGACACCCCUCAGAUCCUCCUGGCCAAGAACGUCAGCUCUCUUGUCUCCGAGAACAAGUACAAAGAGCACAGCAAGAAGCAGCUCCCCCACGGCUCUUUCACGACCCUGGCCGAGACGCGGGACACGGCGCACGUGAAGGAGGUGACCAAGAACGUCAGCGAGACAAACUAUAAGAAGAAGUUUGUGAAGGAGAAAGGCAAAUCUAAUUAUUCUGUCAUGCUGGAGCCUCCUGAAGUGAAACAUGCCAUGGAAGUUGCCAAAAACCAGAGUACAAUUGAAUACAAGAAGGAUGCCAAGUCAAAGCUCCACUACACACCAAUAGCAGAUCGACCAGAUAUUAAGAAAGCAACUCAGGCUGCCAAGUUAAUCAGUAAUAUUGAGUAUAAAAAGCGUGGAGCAGCUGGUGUGGGGGUGACCAUGCUGGGACGGCCAGACAUUGAACUGGCCAAGGAGGUGUCCAAGCUCACCAGCCAGGCUGAGUAUCUCAAACAACACAUGAGGGGCCACGGAGCUGCAUCCUAUGACACCCCCUGGAUGAGAACCUUUAAGAAAGCCAAUAUGCUCAGUAGCCAUGUGAAAUACAAGGAGAACUUUUCCAAAGAGUUGGGUAAGAAGCCAAAGUAUGACCUAAAGGAGGCCAAAAUCUACAAGACCAUGAAGGACGCCCACAACAUGGCCAGUGAGGUGAAGUACAAAGCUGACCUGAAGAAGCUCCACAAGCCCGUCACGGACAUGUCGCAGUCGCUGAUCAUGAACCACGUGCUGAGCACGAGCCAGCUCGCCAGCGCUUACCAGUACAAGAAGCAAUAUGAGAAGAGUAAGGGUCACUACCAUGUGGUGCCAGAUAAUCUUGAGCAGGUUCAUCUCAGGGAGGCAUCAGAACUCCAGAGCCACGUGAAAUACAGGGAGAAGUAUGAGAAGGAAAAAGGAAAACCCAUGUUGGACUUUGAGACUCCAACAUACCUCACAGCAAAGGAGUCCCAGCUCAUGCAGAGCGAGAAAGAAUAUAAGAAGGACUUUGAGGAGUCCAUGAAGGGCAGGAACCUGACUGGCCUGGAGGUCACACCAUCCCUGUUACAUGUCAAAUAUGCAACCAAAAUAGCCAGUGAGAAAGAGUACAAGAAGGAUCUGGAGGAAGGUGUUAAAGGGAAAGGACUGACAGCCCUGGAGGAGACUCCAGAGAUGUUGAGAGCCAAGAAUGCAACUCAGAUCCUCAAUGAGAAAGAGUACAAAAAAGCCUUGGAGUUGGAAAUCCGAGGGAAAGGCCUGACAGAGCUGGCUCUGGAGACCCCGGAUUUCGUGCGGGCCAAGAACGCCACGGACAUCGCCAGCCAGAUCAAAUACAAACAAUUGGCAGAAAUGGAGAAAGCCAACUACACCAGUGUUGUUGAUACUCCAGAGAUUAUUCAUGCCCACCAGGUCAAGAACCUUUCCAGCCAGAAAAAAUACAAGGAGGAGGCAGAGAAGAGCAUGUCACACUAUGUGCCUGUGGCAGACACCCCAGAAAUGCAGCGAGUCCGGGAGAACCAAAAGAACUUCAGCAUGCUCCAGUACCAGUCAGACCUUCAGAACAGCAAAGGAAAAGUCACAGUUGUCCAAGACACCCCGGAGAUGCUGCGGGUGAAAGAGAACCAGAAGAACUUCAGCUCGAUUUUGUAUAAAGAAGAUAUUGGAACUGGAACCACUAUUGAAAAGACACCAGAGAUGCAGAGAGUUAAACAAACCCAGGAUAAUAUCAGCUCGAUCAAGUACAAGGAGAGCAUUGGGAAGGGAACCCCCAUUCCAGACCUGCCGGAGGUGAAGCGCGUCAAGGAGACCCAGAAGCACAUCAGCUCGGUGUUGUACAAGGAGGAGCUGGGCACGGGCACCCCCACGCCCGUGACCCCCGAGAUAGAGCGAGUCAAACGCACGCAGGAGCACAUUAGCUCGGUGUUGUACAAGGAGGGUUUAGGGACGGGCACCGCGACCCCGGUGACGCCGGAGAUGGAGCGAGUGCGGCGUAACCAGGAGAACAUCAGCUCGGUGUUGUACAAGGAGGGGCUGGGGGUUGGCACCCCCGUUCCUGUCACCCCUGAGAUGGAGAGGGUCAAACGCAACCAGGAGAACUUUAGCUCGGUGUUGUACAAGGAGGAGCUGGGCACAGGAACCCCCACCCCUGUGACCCCCGAGAUCCAGAGGGUCAAACGCAACCAGGAAAACUUGAGCUCGGUGUUGUACAAGGAGGAGCUGGGCAUGGGAACCCCCACCCCUGUGACCCCCGAGAUCCAGAGGGUCAAACGCAACCAGGAAAACUUGAGCUCGGUUUUGUACCGGGAGGAGCUGGGAACAGGAACCCCCAUCCCGGUGCCUCCCGAGGUGGAGCGAGUCAAACGCACCCAGGAGCUCAUCAGCUCGGUGUUGUACAAAGAGAAUGUGGGGACGGGGACCCCCACCCCUGUCACCCCCGAGAUGGAGAGGGUCAAACGCAACCAGGAGAUCUGUAGCUCGGUGUUGUACAAGGAAAACAUAGGGAAAGCCACCCCCACCCCCGUCACCCCCGAGAUGGAGAGAGUCAAACGCAAUCAAGAGAUCAUUAGCUCGGUCCUGUACAAAGAAAACAUGGGCAAAGUGACGCCGACCCCCGUCACCCCCGAGAUGGAGCGAGUCAAACGCAACCAGGAGAUCAUCAGCUCGGUGUUGUACAAAGAGAACGUGGGGCAGGCGACCCCCACCCCCAUCACCCCCGAGAUGGAGAGAGUCAAACGCAAUCAAGAACAGAUUAGCUCGGUUGCCUACAGGGAAGGCUUAGGGAAGGCCACCCCCAGCCCGGUCACUCCGGAGAUGGAGCGAGUCAAGCGCAACCAGGAACAGAUCAGCUCGGUUUUGUACAAGGAGCACAUGGCAAAGGGAACUCCGACCCCUCUGACUCCGGAGAUGGAAAGAGCCAAACGGAACCAGGAGAACAUCAGCUCGGUUCUUUACUCCGACAGUUUCCGGAAGCAGGUCCAAGGAAAAGCCGCCUACGUCCUGGACACGCCGGAGAUGAGGAGAGUGAGGGAGACCCAGAAACACAUCUCCACAGUGAAGUACCACGAGGACUUUGAGAAGAGCAAAGGGAGCUUCACCCCCGUGGUCACCGACCCCAUCACAGAGAGGGUGAAGAAGAACAUGCAGGACUUCAGUGACAUCAGUUACAGGGGCAUCCAGAGGAGGGUGGUGGAGAUGGAGCGCAAACGGGUGGACCAGGACCAGGAGAACCUCACAGGUCUCCGUGUCUGGCGCACCAACCCCGGAUCCGUCUUUGACUACGACCCGGCCGAGGACAACAUCCAGUCCCGGAGCCUGCACAUGAUCUCAGUCCAGGCCCAGCGGCGCAGCCGGGAGCAUUCCCGCUCCGCCAGCGCCCUGAGCAUCAGCGGCGCCGGAGACGAGAAAUCCGAGCCCUCGGAGGGCACCGACCAGCGCCUGUCCUACUACAGCAACGGGGGCUUCUUCACCACCACCACCACAGUGGGCUACAAACAGGUGAAAACCAUCGAGCUGCCACAACAACGCUCGUCCUCGGUGGCCACCCAGCAAACCACGGUGUCCUCGGUCCCCUCCCACCCCUCCACUGCUGGGAAGACGUACCGGGCCAUGUACGAUUACACGGCGGCCGAUGCCGACGAGGUUUCCUUCAAGGACGGCGACACCAUCGUGAACGUCCAGGCCAUCGACGAGGGCUGGAUGUACGGCACAGUCCAGAGGACCGGCAAGACCGGGAUGCUCCCGGCAAACUACGUGGAGGCCGUGUAAGCACCCCCUGCCCCUGCCCAGAGGGGCAGAAAAGGGGGGUGACACCUCCCAAAGCGCCUCGGUGGCCGUGGCGAUGGCGCCUUGUGAGUAAAAGUAACUGCAGAGCAAAAUAUUCUUGAGACGUUAUUUCAAAACAUCUUUGAAAAGUCACCUGUAAAAGACUACUUUGCAUUUCUUCCAAUGCCAAAAAAACCCAACAAACCACCUUUUUUUAAACGUUGCCUGGAAUUCCCAACAUUUCAUCACACACCAUAAUAUGACACUACAACUGCAGUCCAGUAUCUUCAAAAUUUGAUACCAGUAUUAAGACUAAGACUCCCAAGCAUUACUUUAUUCAUUCUAUAAAAACUAUAGAAUUUUUUGGGGGCUAUGUGUUUAAAUCUGUUCACUUCCUUUCACAAAUAAGCAACAUCUAAGCUUAGUAUUUCAAACCAAUUUAUUUGGGGAGGGGAAAAAGAAACCCUCUCCUGCUUGCUGAGGUCUCAUGAAUGUGUUCUUCGUGCAACUGUUCUGGGGUCAAAAGCUGUUAUUUCUUGUAAAUUAGUGACUGAAUAAAGCUGAUGUUUCUGCAGUA